AACAUGGCGGCGCACAGAGCGAGCGUGUCGUUGACACGACUUGUCUUCCACUGUAACGUGGCUCGAUUCGUCCUCGCUUAGCGACUGUAGCGGUCAACUGCUGCGACCUCGGGACGGUCGAUUGUAGCGUCAGGGCAACGAGGAGUCGAGAACUAUGUCUGUCCGGGUGCCGGAGGAGGUCGUGCAGUGGGUCCUUCGCUUCUGCGGCCGCAGGUCUCACUGGACGCAGCGCGGGUCCCCGAUGACAGCAUCCGUCAAAGACACGCUCUCGCCCAGGCAGUCGGCACCACGCGUGUGGUUCACUGGGCACAGCCAGACUCACCUGCAUGCGAGUGUUGUCAGGCCCGUGAGGUUCUACUCGCAGGGUGGUGUUCCCAGCGAGGAUUCGGAGCAGAGGGAGUCUGCGGUGGCCGCCGCGGGGCAGGCAAAGAGGGGCUCCCCUUUCUUGGGCAGACUGCGGCAAUGUGACUCGCUGUCAGGCGCGUUGGACCUCACCUCUCAGUACGCGCCCACAGGUGGACAGAUCAGCAAAUGCCUGGUCCGCAUGUGGGCCAUCAUCAAGAAGAUGCCCGACGAGCAGCAGCGCAGUGAGCUGCAGUUGCUGUUUGCGCAUCCUGCUUUUGACAAGCUACUGCAAAACGCCAUGAAGAGUGUGGCACACAUGCGCAAUGAGGAGGUGGUAUUCUCCCUCCUGGCCAUGGUCAAGCUUGGCGUGCCUCAGCGUAGCCGCGUGGUCCAGACUUUUCUCCGCGGGUGCCAGGAGAAGCUGAAUGACUUUGAUCAUAGGAGCCUGUCCGUCUUGACCUUGUGUCUGACACACAUGCCGAGCAGUCCCAAUGUCAAUGCAAUUAGGGAGGGCAUGAGGUUGAUAGUUGAGACUCGUCAUCCCCAGAUUCAGGAAGUUGCAGUUCUCAAUACCAUGAUAGGUAUGCUGGGGAAGGAUGCCCCAUCGCACCUCAAACGGAAACUUGAGAGGAAGGCUUUAACAAUAUCGGACCAGUUCAGCUUUCCCAACUCCCAGAGCAUGAUCUUCACCAUGGCCAAAAUCGGCUUCAACUCCAAACCACUGCUUGAAAUCUGUAGUAAGAAUAUCACAGAAAACAUCCAUAGAAUCCCCGUCAACAGAUUGCUCAUGCUGCUGCUCUCAUGCAAGGAGCUGAAUUACAGAGACAUGGACCUGCUCACUGCCAUUUCAGACUAUGUCGCCUCCACGCUAGACAUAUUGAGCAACAAACAGGUGAUGCUCUUCCUGACUGUGUUUCAUCACCUCUUCUUCUGUCCUGCGUCCUUAAUGGAAGCUUAUGCUGAGAAGGUGAUCGCCAGCCCAGAUGCCCUGACGCUUCAAGACCUCCUCUGUGUCCUGAAGGUGUACUCCUCUCUUAACUGCGAUCUGCAGCACCACAGACAACAGUUCCUGGAUAGUCUCAGCCAUGUUCUGGACUUUUAUGUGCCCGAGAUGUCUAGGUUGACACUUUUAAAGGCCGUUUUCUUUCUGUGUCAACUGGGCCAGUUCCCCUCCGCACCACUCGAGCAACUCCUGCAGAGUAGUACGAUUGAGGAGUUGAACGCAUCGACAUUGCCCCUGAACCAAACGGGAAUGUUUAAGACAGUGGACCUGUGCCUCCGUCUUGAUCGCCCUCCUCUCCCUCGUCCCCUGAGCGUCCCCCCAUCAGUCCUGGAAGACCCCACCCCCAGCAGUCCAUCAGUCAACAAGGUGCUCUCCCAGGGCCUGCAGAGUGUAAUGGUAAACCAGGCUGACGCCAUGCUACAGGAAAUGGUGAUGGUGGAGAACUUCUACCUUAUAGAUGGUGUGAUAACCAAACCUCUGCCGAACCAAACCUCUGCGUCUGGAGCUGGUAGCAGUGACGGAGAUGAGUUGUCUCCAGCAGAGAGCAGUCAAAGAAUCGCAGUCCUUAACAUAAAGUACUCUGCUUUGUGCUAUGGGACAUCCAAUCCCCGUGGUGCCCUGGCGGUCAAGAUUCGCCAUCUGAAGAUCUUGGGAUACAACCCUAUUCUGGUAUCGGAACAGGAGCUGCUAUCUGUCUCUGAGGACAACAGGACGGAGUUCCUCAGGGGACUGAUUUUUCCGUGACACCAAAGGUCAGACACACAACCUUAAAAUGGAGCAACCUCGAUCUUGAAGACAGACGUCUGUGUUAAAUGAAAAUUAAUAAAAACAUCAUGAAUGCACAUUUUGUUGCUUUGUAAACAAUUAAGAAAAAUAAUAAAUAUGACCAUUAGUAUAUAAAGUUAA